AUAAUAUUGUAUUUGACAAUUAUUAAAAAUGAAUUUAACACUUAGUGUAGUUGUUGCCACUUUGUCGUUAUUAGUGUUCAACGAGGUUUCAGCACUGCAGUGCAAUGAGGGCAUUAUAAAUAAUGUUUUGAAAUUGGCAUCUUGUCCAACGAAUAUGUUACAAAAGUUGCACGCCAUAUCGCCUGCGACGAUCGCAACGCUGGACGACAGUGGUACCCAUCGUGUUUUCAAAUGUGCCGAAGCUUCCUUUCAAGCCCCACAACACAAUAAGGGCAACGCCAGCUUCACUGCCUACUUCAGAGAUGAAUCCAAAGCACCUCUGCAAACAUUCUACCAUCUUGAAGAGGUUGGAUGUGGCCAUAUGCAUCAAACUCAUGACGGUGAACACUUCAAUGGGUAUUUUUUGCUCGUAGAUAAAAUAGCGUGCUUCUACCGCUGUCCGAUCGCCCCUACAGAAGGUAUUGGUUCUGCCGGUGCUGCAAUACCCAUGAAUAACCAAUACGACUUGGGAGUUAAGGCUCAACUCUUGACCUGCAAGUUGGCUUUAGCAGCUGCGGGGUUCCUCGACGCUCUUAUCGAUGUGGAUACGUGUGCUGCCCCAACCGUCCCAAGACUUAAUGUUCUUGGUAUAGGCCUAUAACCUAGGAAUGUGUAUCAAUAAAUACAAUUUUCUACUUCUCUUA